AUGCUUGCUGUAUAUGCCCACAACGGGCAUCUGCAGGAAGCAAAAACCUUGUUUGCUGAGAUGCCAAAGAAAGAUGGCGCUUCGUGGACGUGUUUGCUGCAAGCACACUGCCAUGCAGGGACAACCCAUGAUUCGGAGGAGAUCCUGCAGAAGAUGCCGUUUGAAAAGACUAUUGUGCACUGGACGAUGCUGCUGGAUGCCCAUGCAAAGGCCGGGAAUCUCGAUCGAGCGAGGGAAGUUUACGACCAAACGCCGGAUCCGGGUGCGAUCACGAGGAAUGCCAUGUUCCACACAGAGGAUACAUGCACGAGGCAAAUGCGCUGUUCGAGCAAGUUGGAGACAAGAGAACGUUUCACCGUACAAGAUCCUCGUGGAGAUCUACAGCCAAACCGGGAGAGAGAACGACAUUGCUGGAUUGAAGAAGAUGGUGAGAGACAAAGGUCUCCACAAGCUCGAGGCCGAGAGCCUGAUCCAGAUCGAUGGCAUCACGCACAAGUUUCGAGUGGGAACACUGCGCAUCCGAGCAUCAAGAAAGUUCGCAAGGAAGUUGCCAGGUUGACGAAGCUGAUGGAGAGAGAUCAUGGGUAUAAACACGAGAACUUGGGAUGGAGCAAGUGUGGAGGCGGUGUUCACAGUGAGAAGCUUGCAAUCGCGUACGCACUGUGUGAGAAGAGCCGUGAGAUCUCGCUCGUGAAUAACUUGAGGAUGUGCGGUGACUACCAUACUUCUGCAAAGAUGAUCUCCAGCGUGGUGAAGAGGAAGAUCACGGUACGUGACAUGCAAAGGCUGCAUGGUUUUGAGAAUGAUGUUUGCUCUUGCGCGGAUACCUGGCCCUACGUGAGGAGAGUUCCUCCAAUGCUGCACAGGACGAUUACUUUCGUGUUCUUGUCGCUGUUGACAGCGUCGAGAGCUUUCUCGGCGAAUUCUGGGUUGCGCUCUGCCAUGCAAACUCUUUCAGUAUUCUCUAGUUAG